UGGGGGCCAAAAGGACCGGCCCUGCUUCGGAGGCUGCGCCCUUCGGGGGCAGCACCGCGGCUCUUGAUGCCCAGAGAAGCAGCCAAGCGGAUCCUGUUUGAAAGGGAUUUUUGGCAGCACACUUGGUAAGCCUGCUUUUGCUUUGAGCCAGAGAUUAGCAGAAGGGAAGCCUUGCUGGACUCUCCCGUAGAGUGCAACCUGAAGAUGGACCAGCAAGAUUCAGCUACUCCUGAGGCAGGAAGAGGCCCAGCUGCUGGCAAGAUUGGCAGUGAAAUCUGGGAAAGAACUGAGCAGAAGACUCUGGGUGAAUCUCUAGCCAGCGCCGAUGUACGGCGUCAGUGCUUCAGGCAGCUCCGCUACUGGGCUUCGCAGGGCCCCCGCGAGGUCUGCAGUUGGCUCCACCAUCUCUCCCACCAGUGGCUGAAGCCAGACCAGCACACGAAAAAUCAGAUUGUGGACUUGGUCAUCCUGGAGCAGCUCCUCACCAUCCUGCCCCUGGAGAUGUCGAACUGGGUGAGAGAAUGUGGAGCGGAGACCAGUUCCCAGGCAGUGGGCCUCGCAGAGGGGUUCCUCCUGAGCCUGGAGGAGGACAAGAAGCAGGACAAGCAGCAGGUAGAGAAUCUGUGUGCGAGAAUUGGGUUGGAUUUCCCUGUGGCAGAGAAAGCCACAUCGGACACUGGCUGGAAUGCCCUGCAAGGCAAAAUCAAGCAAGAGAGGGGUGGAGGCGCCCCCUUGGAGGGGGGUGGCACGAUACCUGCAGGAGGCCCUCAGCAACCUUUUCUUCUUUGCGAUGGAGUGGAAGGAAACCAGGGCCUGGUGCUCUUUGAGGAGGUGGCUGUGUGCUUCACCGAGGAGGAGUGGGCCCUGCUGGAUCCUGACCAGAGAGCCCUGCACAGGCAGAUCAUGGAGGAGAAUUGUGGGAUCGUGGCCUCUCUUGAAGGUGACAGGUGGGAAAUGGAGAAUAAGAGAGAAUCACGUGGGAUGUCGCCAGAAACAAAUACAUGCAAAAAUAGGGAAAGGCGGUGGAGGAAGACGGACGUAAAUCAGAAGAGAGGGAAUAAAUCUCCUGCUUCUCAGGGCAGUGAUACUGAUGUUCUCUCAGUGGAAGAAAAAGUGGACAGAACACAGGAAAACAGUAGGUUUUGUUGGAAAGUUUUUGAUUCUAAACCAAAUCUUAAUGCUCAUUGCAAAAUGCAUGCAAGGAAGAAACAGUACAUAUGUUUGGAAUGUGGAAAGAGCUUCAGCCAGAAGAUACAUCUCAGUUCUCAUCAAAGAAUUCACACAGGAGAGAAACCAUAUCAGUGCUUCGAGUGUGGAAAAAGCUUCAGGGAGAGUACAGGCCUUACUUCUCACCAGAGAAUUCACACAGGGGAGAAGCCAUUUAAAUGUUUGGAAUGCGGAAAGAGCUUCCGUCAGAAGACACAUCUCAUUGUUCAUCAGAGAACUCACACCGGGGAGAAACCUUAUCAGUGCUUACAAUGUGGCAAAAGUUUCAACCAGAAAAGAAAUCUCACUUCUCAUCAAAUAACUCACACAGGGGAGAAACCUUAUCAGUGCUUAGUAUGUUGCAAAAGCUUCAAUCAGAAAAAAAAUCUCACUACUCAUCAAAGAACCCACACAGGGGAGAAACCUUAUCAGUGCUUGCAGUGCGGAAAGAGCUUUCAUUGGUGGGAAAGUUUUAUGUACCAUCAAAGAACUCACACGGGGGAAAAACCAUACAGCUGCCUGGAGUGUGGGAAAAGCUUUUGCCAAAAGACACAUCUCACAAAACAUCAAAUAAUUCACACAGGGGAGAAACCAUAUCAGUGUUUGCAGUGUGAAAAGACCUUUCAUUGGAGGGAAAGUUUUAUGUACCAUCAAAGAACUCACACGGGGGAAAAGCCAUAUAGGUGCCUGGAGUGUGGGAAAAGCUUCUAUCAGAAAACACGUCUCACUAAACAUCAAAUAAAUCAUACAGGGGAGAAACCACAUCAGUGCUUGGAGUGUGGAAAGUGCUUCAGUCAGAAAACAUACCUCACGUCUCAUCAACGGAUUCACACAGGGGAGACGCAUCAGUGUUUUGAGUGUGGAAAAAAUUUCAUUAAGGGUACAGACCUUAAGAAACAUGAAAGAAUCCACACAGGGGAGAAACCCUAUCAGUGCUUGGACUGUGGAAAGAGCUUUAGCCAAAAGAUAAAUCUCACUUCUCAUCAAAGAAUUCACACAGGAGAAAAACCGUAUCCAUGCUUGGAGUGUGGAAAGAGCUUCCGUCAGAAGACACAUCUCACUUACCAUCAGAGAACCCACACAGGGGAGAAACCAUAUAAAUACUUAGACCGAAAGAAGAACUUUGAUUUGAGGAAAACCUUCACAUAACAUCAAAGAACUCGUGUGAAAGAAAUUAAAUUAAUGCCUGGAAUAUAGAAUAAAAUUCAGUCACAGUGUAACUUGUAUUUCAUAUUGGAACACCCACUUACUCAAGUCACUAAAUGAAUGGAGACAUGGAGCCAUAUUUAUGUGCUGAAACUAACAUGACAAACUUAAACAUUGUUAACUUUUUCUCUUACAUUACUAUAUCUUGAGAAAUAGUCACCUAGAGAUCAUCUUCACAGAAUAUGGGGUUAAUUUUCUCAGUCAAGUGUUCCUGAGACACCUAUCUUUUUAAUAAAUAUUUUAUUUUUUGAAAAUUUUAAGACGAAAAAUACAUGUUUCUGUGUAGAAUACAUAUGGGCAAGUAGCAAAACUAGGAGAUACAAAGAAUUCGUGUAAUUCACAUUGUAAUGCAAAUUUUCUUGUGUUGGCCUACAAUUCCCAGUGUCCCCUUGCCAGACUUACCCAAUGAUGUUGCAGGCUAGAGGGUGCUGGAAGUUGUAGGCCAACCCCUCUGGUGGGCACCUGGCUGGGAAGGCCAUUUCCAUUCUUGAGUAAAAUGGUAGUACAAGGGCUGACAUUCCAUGGACUUUGGAAGUCUGUCAUAGGGGCACUUCAUCCACCUAUUUGUUUGGUGGGGGAAUGGGUAGAAAUGGAGGACAUUCGCUUUUUGCUUGGUUGACUUCGAAAACAAAACGAGCAGUUCCUUUAGAACAAUAAACACCGUGAUUUGUAUAAUUA